UGACUGAAAAGCAUGAAAAAGGGUCGCCGUCCCUGGUGCGUCCUGUCGCCCUUCUAGAGCUCACGAAAACCUUUUUGUCUCAGGCACGCGUUCUGCAAAGAACGAGAAGAGCCGUUCUUUGUCUUUGUCCUUCCGCUGCUCGACCUUUCUGAUCCUUUUCAACUGCAUCGUCCGUCACGUCGUCUCGCCGCCCAGUAUUGCGUCACCUUGCCUCUGCGGCGCUUGCCGACCUUCCCCAGAUUCUGCGCGUCUGGCCAACAGCAGUCCUGUCUGUGUGCCGCUAUCGCUUGGCGCCCUGUCGCAUCUACAAUGCCUCUGCUCGGCUUCGUCGCUCGAAGGUCUUCUCAUACCCGCGAUGGUGCCAGCAUAAAGGAUCAAUUGCGCAAAGUUGCUGCCAAAGGCCCCUCCACAAGCACGCUGUCUGUUCAGUCCGGCCUCUUGGGCCACGUCGAAGAUAUGCACCACAUGGAUGCAGCAAAACGUCAUAGCAUUGGCGGCAAGCUGAUGCCAGAUCGCCGUUCCAGCGCCAACGCCCAGAAAGUUGCGCUCAGCAAACCUGCAAAGCUCUGGCUGACCGUCGAGUCGCCGCCUCUGGUAGCGUACAACAUCCCAGCCAACUCGACUGGAGCCUUGUUCUCAGCUCAGCUGCACGUCGAUGUUACCGACUCGGAACUCACCUUCGAGUCCGUGGAAGCGCGCUUCAUCUGUGUGACCACGGUCAAGCGGCCGGUGCAUCCUCACUGUCCAGAAUGCAGUACGAAAGUCACGGAGCUGAAGAAGAUCAAUCUCGCCAAGGAGGGGCUCCGGCUGAGACGUGGUGAUCAUCCGAUUCCGAUCAGCUACCUAUUUCCAGGCCAUUUACCCGCAACCACGAGAGGUACGCUUGUCUCCGUCGAGUAUUUCCUCGUUGCCCAAGCCAAAACUGUCACCGGCGAAACCAUUGGCUUGUGCCAGCGGACCUCGGAUGGUCGUUUCACACCUUUGCCCAACGAUCGAUUUGAAAUCAAGCUGUCCCGUUCCAUUCUUCCUGGCAAUGAAAAACACUCGAUACGAAUUUUCCCCCCAACAAAUCUCACCGCGAGCGUGACAUUGAACCCGGUUAUUCAUCCUAUAGGCGAGUUUGAAGUAAGCCUCAGGCUAUCUGGUAUGACCGAGAAGAAAAAGGACGCGAUAAAUCGCUGGCGGUUAAGGAAGAUGAACUGGCGGAUCGAAGAAACACAGAGGAUGAUUUCACCCGCAUGUCCGAAGCAUGCAGAGAAGAUUGGUGGUCAAGGCAGGGGGAUCAAGCACGAAGAUGUCCGCACUAUUGGAGAGGGAGAGAUUGAUCAACGCAGGAAUCCUUGGAAGAACAAUUUGGAUGCCGGCGAUGUUGAAGCCAUCUUUUACGCUUCCGUUAACCCGAACAAGAAGCCUGUCUGCGACGCUGAGGCCAACAACGGCAUGUCGAUUACUCACAAUCUCGUAGUCGAAAUGGUCGUUGCUGAGGAAUGGUGUCCUCGGAACAAGCCAAAUCAGGUCACACCUACUGGUGCUGCACGCAUACUACGAACACAGUUCCAUCUCAUGCUCACGGAGCGCCCUGGCCUUGGCGUCUCCUGGGACGAGGAAACUCCUCCUGUCUAUGAAGAUGUGCCGGAGUCUCCCCCUCAUUAUGCAUCUAUGACGGACUUCGACAUGAAUGUUUUGGGUGGCCAAAUUGAAGAGCUUCAUCUGGACCCGAACACGCAGCAGCUCUUGAGCACAGGCGCGUCUUCUUCGGGCACGAGAUCACCGCCGCGCUCACGGUCGACCGAACGUGGUCCGCAAUCUGCACGAGCUCACUUUGUUUAUUCUGCUGACGAUCUUCUAUCCGGUCCCCCCGAGCGUCGUGAUUCCGAGCCACAGGAAGAGGAGGAAGAUGAUGUACAAAUUGCGGAUGCAGCUCAUAUGAACCGCACCUAAUCGCAAGCGAUUCGACGACGGACUCACGAUUUCCUUUUACAUGAUUGUUUCUGUCUGAUUGUCCUGGUCACUUCGGCUUAAUCAUGCCAUGAAGAUACCCCACAUUAGCAUUUUCGAUUUUGGAGCUGGCCUUGGGAAAACCUGAUGUCCUUGAUAAAAGCAGGAACUUGGCAUACAUUGGUUAUGUCAGAGAUGUAUAUAGACUAAUUUUCGGACUGAUCACAGUAUGCAUAUAUACACUAUGAAUGUAAAUGUACGCUGAGACUGCUCAAACGGUACGAUGGGAAUGCUCGUCUCUUAGCUGUUUUUGCCACUUUUUAAAUGAACUUUAACGUAUGGAAAAUGGCCACUAUCUUAUUCACG